AUGAGUAGCUCGGAGUCAGAUGAGGCACCUCUCUCAGAGAGCGCCGGCAAAGAAAGCAAGCGCUCAAUUUCCAGCCUUGGCUGCGGCUUUGUCGUGCUUGCUUUCGAAGAGUUUCUGGUUCUCAGUUCCAUCGUAGCAGCUUGUCGUCAAGAACAUGGAGAAUUAGACAAUGGGUUGAUUAUCGUGCUGCUUGUCGGCAUCUUUCUGGUCCACGUCAUGGUUCAAUGUUGCCUGAUGAAUCAAGAUGAUCCGGUGAAUUGUGGGCUGGAGGCCAUUCAGGACGAGAUGGGACAUGCUGACUUCGAACAGCUCUUCGAUGAGUUGCACAGUGCUGCGCCGAGCAUUGAGCACAUCGCAGUGGGCACGAAAAGAGGACCAAAGUUCAUGGGUGGCGGUCACAGGCUUGAGAAUCAAGUUAUUCGCAAGCAAACGGAGUCCCAAGUCUUCGCCUACACAAGCUGGCGAGAUGUGUCACACCCGGUAUCAGAUUAUGAUGACUAUCCCUUUGCACAAGUGAAGAUCACUGCAGAGUAUGAGUGCUUCGACGAGCCAACAGCUACCAAAGCAUCCAUGGAGAAGCAGGCCGUCAUGGCAGAGUGCGUGCGAAAAGCCGCGUCUGGAACUCAAAACUUCAGUGACUUCAGCAAGGUGACAUUGACUCCAAACAUGGGCGUGAAGCCAGUGGAAGGUAGCCAGGAUUACGCCGUGACGAGCGAAGGUGAAAGCAUCCCAUGCUGGCUGUCCCUCAAGGUCUACAAGGCUGGGUCGGUUCUCCUCCCGGGCUUUGGCACGGUGUAUCGGCCUAACUUCCUUGCG